AUGUCUAGUGAGUCUGUGGUGGGACAGGAGACGAUGUCUAGUGAGUCUGUGGUAGGACAGGAGACGAUAUCUGGUGAAUCUGUAGUGGGACAGGAGACGAUGUCUGGUGAGCAUGUGGAGGGACAGGAGACGAUGUCUGAUCCGACUACGACAUCCGGAUUGGACGCAGUUGAUGGCGACAUCACGCAUUCUACACAUUUCACCGAAUCAGAAACUGCAGUUUUCACUGUGUCCUCACCAGAACGUGAUGUAUUUUCUACUCUCGACCAACGACAGAACUCUGCGACACGGUCGGUGUUUAUUUCCUCCAUCAAAAGUCACAUUACCAGUCUGUCCAAGGCAGUGUCUUUUACGGUGUACAAGCAUGCAAAACGAGUUUGGGGACACCUGAUGGAUGUGGUCGUGUUGGUGACGUUAUGGACGUUUCUCAUGCGAGAGGGAUUGUCUCUCUUCACAAAUUUGGUGAUAAGUCCAGGAAAACUGAACUGGACAGCUGCCAAAGAAUAUUGUAAUGACAUGAAUGGCGGCCUUCUUGUUCUUGAUAGUCAGGAAAAGUGGGAUUACUUUACGGCUCAGGACCAAUACCAGGAACAUCGUCUGAACAAAGGGUUGUACUGGAUAGGCAUGAGAUUCAAUGACACUUUCGCGUGCGAAGGAGGAAGUUCAAGGUCAUGGGUCUAUAGUGGAUGGGCAUUUUCUCGCACCACGAAAACUUCAAUUCAGGCUACGACAUCCCGAUUGGAAGCAGCUGAUGACGUAUUCACGCAUUCAUCUAAACAUUUCAACAGAGCAGAAAUUGCUGUGUCCACAGAAAGUUCUACAGCAUCCUCACCAAAAAGUGAUGGUGUAUCUUCGACUGUUUUCUCUACGACUCCAACGACAGAAGGAGAAAGUAAGACUACAUUUGAACCGACGACAUCUGAUCCGACGACAUCUGAUCUGACGACAUCUGAUCUGACGACAUUUGAACCGACGACAUCUGAUAUGACAUCUGAUCUGACGACAUAUGAUACGAUGACAUCUAAUCCGACGACAUAUGAUACGACAACAUCUGAUCUGAAGACAUCUGAUCUGACGACAUUUGAUCCGACGACAUCUGAUCUGACGACAUUUGAUCCGACGACAUCUAAUCAGGCGACAUCCGAUCUGACGACAUCUGGUCCCACGACAUCUGAUUUGACGACCUUUGAUCCGACAACAUCUGUUCUGACGACAUACGAUCUGACGACAUUUGAACCGACGACAUUUGAACCGACGACAUUCGAACCGACGACAUUUGAACCGACGACAUCUGAUCCGACGACAUCUGAUUCGACGACAUCUGAUCCGACCACAUCUGAUCCGACCACAUCUGAUCCGACGACAUAUGAUCUGACGACAUCUGAUCAGACGACAUCAGUUUCAACAUCUAUUACGUCUCUGGUCACUUCUGACGUAGAAAAUGACACAUGCAUCAAAUGUUGUCUCCUAAAAAAACAGACAAAACUUGCUAGAUAUAAACUUGAUGAGAUGAUGCGUGUGUUAAGGAUUCAGUUGGAAGUAAACAAAACCAUGUUGUCCUCCCAGAAACGGAAGCUCGUCAGCGUGUAUGACUCCCGGCCCAGUAGUGUGGCUAUGGGAGGUGUGGCCUGUAUCAUCCUGGCUGCGGUUGUCGGAGUGAUCGUUAUACCUGACGGUGUCAGUCUUGUUAGGCUAGUGUACAAACAGUUCAAACCACAAAAGGAUACAUCAGUCAUAUAGUUUUAAAGAUAUGCAUGCAAAUCUUGAUUUUUCGUUCAUGUUCUGUUAUUUUUUCUUUAUGGUAUUUGUAUACUCCAUUGUAUUUGAAUAUAUUGAACCGCGGUAAUUUGUUACAUCUUAAGUAAGGAUUUCAAGUCGAGUCAAAACAAAAUACAAAAUGCAAAAAAGAAGCAACAGCAACUAUUAACUACUUUAGGAUGUAAAGAUGCGGGAAAAAAGGAAUAAAUAAAUAGAAUUCCCAUUUACUAUAAGAUGUCAAUACUAACAUAUUUUGUGACGUCAUCGACUGAUUUACAGAGUUAUCAAAUAACUUUGCAAGGAUUGAUUAUGAUUAAGACAAUAAAGAGAUAAGACGUUA